AUGACCUCCCAGUUCUUCGAUAAUCUCGGACCGGUCGACAGCACGAUGGAAGUCUUCCAGACUGCGUUUGCUAAGAGCUCCGCUUUUUUCAUCUCUUUGGGUCUCCUCAUCGUGCUCUCACGCGUGUUCGUUCGGUUCACGACAGCCAACUACCGGGGCGCGCUGACCAACGACCAAAUCGCCUUGCUGGUCGUGGCCUCCGUGACCCUAGGCUUUGCACAUCUCUUUUUGUGUUGGGCAUACACAUCCCACGACGUGAAGGGGUUCACUACUGCACCCUCGAUCUAUCUGGCCGACCGAGGGUUCACUGUUGUCUUGAGAGGAGCCAUCAAUGUCGAGUCAGCAAGGAACCUAGCACAGUAUCCUCUCUGCCGUCUCAUCCUCUAUCACGCCGCCAUGCCUUCGGCUGCAGCAACUUGCAAGACUUUGCCGCACAUCAACACUGCACAUGAUCAGCACGCACCUGAAGCCUCGAAUUGUGUGCUGCAGGUUAUUGCUCGCGCUCUUAUCAGCUUGGAAGCUCAGUCCUCAGUCGAGAACAUUGCGAGCGAUGUGAUCGACAGAUACGACUUGGCAAAAUAUGGCUGUGCUGAAGCUACUACCAUUUCACCAACGACUUGA